CUCCCCCUCCUCCUCUGACGUCGCCGCAUUCCACCCUCAAAAGCGGAGGCAGUGAAAGGCAUUCUCUAGACCUGAUCGCGACGUUCCACGAGAGUAUCUUUUUGCUGCGCCUUGUGUUGAUCUUAUCAGAAAGCUAGCAAAGCAUCAAAAGACACAUACCUCGCCCGAUUUUUGUCAGUUUAAUUUAAGAAGAGAACUAUAAAUUAUUAUUUUAUACCGGCUUAAAAAAAUACUUUUUUGUCUACUGGGGCCUUUUAAUUGCUAAAUAUUUAAAGGGAUUUUUGUGGCUACUCUUUUUUUCUUCGAAGAAGCUAUUUAAUUACGAUCUCAUAAAAGAUCCCGAAAGAAGCUCCCGAACAUCCACACUGUAAGCUUCACUGGUUAAGCAGACAAGGCAAGUCAAGUAUCCAAGGACAAAAGAUCAAGAAGCAUCCGGGCUGCUGCCACAAACCGAAAUAAUUGCCUUGCCUACUUACUCUGGUGUCGAAGGAGGCAUCCUGGAUCCCGACAUGACCAAAGCUGAGAUGAGCAAGCUCAACACUUCCCCGGAUGAAGACAGCAGCAGCUAUAGCUCCAAUGACUUCAACUACCCUUACCCAACCAAACCAGCUGCUUUAAAGAGCCAUUAUGUAGACAUGGAUCCAGAAAACCAAAACUUUUUACUUGAAAACAAUCCUGGAAAGAAGAAAUAUGAAACUGAAUAUCAUCCAGGUACUACUUCCUUUGGAAUGUCAGUAUUUAACCUCAGCAAUGCUAUUGUGGGUAGUGGCAUCCUGGGGCUGUCUUACGCCAUGGCAAACACGGGAAUUGCUCUUUUUGUAAUUCUUCUAGUCUUCGUAUCAAUAUUCUCUUUGUAUUCCGUUCACCUCCUCUUGAAGACUGCUAAUGAAGGAGGAUCUCUGUUAUAUGAACAGUUAGGGAUGAAGGCAUUUGGCAUGGCUGGGAAACUUGCAGCAUCUGGAUCAAUUACAAUGCAGAAUAUUGGAGCUAUGUCAAGCUACCUCUUCAUAGUGAAAUAUGAGUUACCAUUGGUCAUCAAGGCAUUUAUGAACAUCGACGAAAACACAGGACAGUGGUAUCUGAACGGUGACUAUUUGGUUCUGUUGGUAUCCUUGGUGCUUAUUCUUCCUUUGUCACUGUUGAAAAAUUUAGGUUAUCUGGGUUAUACAAGUGGAUUUUCCUUGUUGUGCAUGGUCUUCUUUCUGAUUGUUGUCAUUUGCAAGAAAUUUCAAAUGGAUAUUUGUGGAGUGGAUUACAAUACGGUCAACCAAACUCUGAAUGCCACCUUAGAACAUCAUUCAGCUCCUGUAGGUGUUCAUGGAACAUUACCCAAUAUAACUGAUGACAAGUGCACACCAAAAUACUUCAUCUUCAAUUCACAGACUGUCUAUGCUGUACCGAUCCUAACCUUCUCCUUUGUCUGCCAUCCUGCUAUUCUUCCCAUUUAUGAAGAACUGAAAGACCGAAGCCGUAGAAGAAUGAUGAAGGUGUCCAAUGUUUCAUUCUUUGCCAUGUUCCUGAUGUACCUUUUGGCUGCUCUCUUCGGUUACUUGACGUUUUAUGGAAAUGUUGAGCCAGAGUUACUUCAUACAUAUUCGAAUGUGCUGGGAGCUGAUGUUAUUCUCCUCAUUGUCCGUUUGGCUGUUCUGAUGGCAGUCACUCUUACAGUGCCCGUAGUGAUUUUUCCGAUCCGCAGCUCCAUCACACAGUUGUUGUGCGCAGGGAAGGACUUCAGUUGGGUGCGACACAGCAUUAUCACAGUAGCUCUCUUGGUGUUCACCAACAUUCUCGUAAUCUUCGUUCCCACCAUUCGAGAUAUAUUUGGGUUCAUUGGUGCAUCUGCUGCUGCCAUGUUGAUCUUUAUCCUGCCAUCUGCUUUCUACAUUAAGCUUGUGAAGAAGGAACCUAUGAAAUCAGUACAGAAGAUUGGGGCUCUUCUUUUUCUGCUCAGUGGCAUAUUUGUGAUGACUGGAAGUAUGACCUUGAUCAUUCUGGACUGGAUCCAUAAUGCUGCUUCCGAUGGCCAUUAACUGUCCACUUCAGACUCCAGUAUUCAUUCCCCCAUCUACUAAGAGAGAGAACUUCUUACCCAUGUUUGCAGUUCUGCUUCCUUUGAAAUGCAGAUUCUUUGAUGCUGGUUCGUCUGAGUGUAGGAUAGGUGGACUUUUUCCUGAAAAAAAGAAACUAUUCUGCACAGUGGGAGUGGAUACUGACAUCAAACCACCUGAAUCUUUGGCUGCGGGAAGUGACUAUUUAUUCCAUUCCAGAGAAUGGACAGCUGUCUCUGUAAAAAUUUAUCAAGCCAGAUAUUUGGCUUCUGUCAUUGUUACAAUUUUUUUAUUAUUUACUUGAAUGUGCCUAAUGGAAACAAGUGAUAUAAGAAAUCAGUUAGUUUACAGCAGAGAAGGGGGUAAGCUAACCAGUGAAAGAGAAAAGAAAGCAUAAUUAUUUUUGUACCAAAAAAUUUAUGGACCUCAAAAGCACUAUUUUGACUUUAAGAAAAUGUUUUGUAAGUUGAUAAUCCAAAUAAGGGUAGAAAGAAACCUAUAAACUGUCUAAUCGGUGUUCUAAAUUCAACAAGUCUGGCCUUUCGAUAGAGGCAUAACUUUUAAAAGUAUAUUUUUGGCCAUGAGAAAUUAUUUUUUAAAUUUAUUAUACUAUAGGUCACUUAAUUUGGAAAACUCAAAAUUGUGACUGAGUUCUAUAUGUAACUCAAAUUAUUCUAAAACUAAAACCAAACAAAGACCCCAUGUUAAUAUAGCUAAUUCAACCAACAUAAACUACCAUACUGUCUUGAAAGGAGAUGUUUAUUCAAAUUACCAUGUUCUAAAAGACUUCAUACCACCAGAAUGGGUUAUGUAGUAAACAAUCUAUAUGUAGCAAAUACAGCAUCCAGUCAAAGGAAUGCCAGAACCAAGCAAGUCCCUUGAAAUUCAUGUGUGCUGCGGAAGAGCAGUAUUUGGCAGAUCACAACAUAGAUUAAUAGAACAGCAAUAUCUUCGCAUCUUUCUUCUUGAGGUACUCAAUAGUGCAAUUAUCAUUCCGUUGCAGGUACCUUCCAAAUCUUUGUCAUUAAUUGCCAUAGGAAGUCUCCAUCCCUGUUGAUGGGGAAUUCUCCUUACUGACAGCACACAAUCUAGUGACAAAGAUACACAUUUUGGCUUUGUAUUUUCUUUCAGUUUAUUAUUUGAAACAAGUAAAUGUGAGGUCCUGUUAUCGUUUACUAGUGGUACAGUAUUCACAAACUGUACAGUAUUUUUUUUCAGCAUCAAGUUUUCAUGGAUUUUAAAUUAUUUUAUUCUGUGUUCCUCUGAACAUGUAAUAUAUAAUCUAUAUAUUACACCAGGCUUUGGUGUAGCCAGCAGACGUUCUCUUCAUAAGGCAACUGGGAUUUCUAAUGCAAUUGAUAGUGUACAGUAAUCUUUUUUUAAAAAAAGAUCGUGUCAGACUAGAUGGUCAUCUCAUGUUUAUUUGUUUCUGAAAUAGAUGUAUGCUGUUGAGCCUUAACUAGUUAGCUAAAGAUGCAGCUGGUGUACAGUGGGUAUUAAAAACAGGAUCUUUCUCUCCGUGUGGAUAGAUUUGUCUAGGAGAUAACAGAAUACUGCUUUCCCCUGUCCAUCCUCCACUCAGUGUGCCUGUCCAUUAUAGUUCAUGGGAGAUCUGCUGACUCCUCUUGUAUCCCUGUCCUGCCCUUGCCCCUCUGAUUGGUCGAAGAAUGGCAAAGGCAAGGGCAGAGUGGAUGGAGACAUGCACAGACCUCCCAGUCACCAAACUGUACAGCAUUGUGCAGCCUGAAUGAAAGUCUAAUGUUUUUGUACUGAGUAGAGGGCAAACAGGACUCAGUUAUGUCACAAUGAGAUUUCUCUGUGCAUAGGCAUUGCACACACGUGGGAAACGCUCAUGUCUUAAAAUAUUUUAUUGCGACAGCAUGUAUGUUGCAACAUUUCAGUCCCAGGAUGAAGAGAUACGGUACUUAGUUAAGAGCACAUUUGACACUGCUUGUUAUACACAGAUGCUACUGUAAGAAUCAAGACAGGCAAGAGUUUAGAUGUGUAGUGCUUUGUGGACUCCUUUCACCUAUGUUCAUCUGGCAUAAUAGUUAAGACAUUUAAUCUGCAGUAGUUGUUGGGUUAGAGGGAUCAAACAAUGGCAUGUGCAUCUUUUUAAGCAUAGGCCCAUCUCUAAUAUCUAGGUUUUAAAAUUUAAUAAUGCAGAUGUUUUGUUUGUAUUUCUGCAUGGCAACUGCUAGCCCCUAAAGUUGCUAUCCUGAUUCCACUGAGAUCAGUAGCAAUAGAAACCUGCCUUACUGAAAAGUGACUGUAAUUCCCCCCCCCUUACCUAUUAUGAGUAGCUUGUAGUUUGACUCAAAGCCGUUAUUUUUGGCAGGGCACUCUGGACUGUAAUUGACUCCCAGCAGGUCCUGACCAAUGUUCCCUCUAAGCUGUGGAGACUUGUGAGCAAAAAUUCUGUUUUGUGAGCUA